AAUCAAAAUGGCGUCCUUGGAAUUCACUGUGAGUUCGGUUGUAUGUUAUCCUGAUGCACGCCGUUAUUGACAGUCAUUUUGAACGAUGUGCAGUUAAAUAGAAUGAAGUUGACUACAGAAAUAUUGAAGAGGAACUUCUGAAACAUGGAUGGAAAGAAAAAGAGAAAAAGAAGACACGAGGAUAAUGUGAGUGAGUCGAGCUCAAGCGACGGAGGACACGAAGCGAAAUCGCGAAAAACCGAGAUAAGACACUCAGAAUCGCAACAAACUGCGAAAAAGAGGAGGAAAAAGAAAAAAAGAGAUGAUGAAAAGUAUAGGUCUAGCAGCAGCACUUCGUCUAGUGACAGCGGUAGCGAGCGUUCUCCUAGCAAAGAUGUUGGGACAAGUAAAAAGAAGAGAAAACAUGCUCAUAAAGAGAAACUGAAAAGAAGGAAAGAAAAGCGGAGAAGAAAACGGGACAGGAAGGAAAAGAAAAGUAAACGACGCAAGGAGAAAGAGUUAAAAGAGACGUCUGCUGAGAAUAAGGAAAAAGAGAUCUCGAAGAACUCUCCACCUCAAGGUCUGAAAAUAUUUGCUAAUAAGCAAAAUAUGUAUGACUCUGGGCUAGUAGAAUAUAACCUCCCACUUAAUUUGGCCGCUCUUCCAUUUUGCUCCCCACCAAAAAAAAUCCCAGUGGGGAGCUCAUAAAGGAGUUACGUUAGUUUAAGUUCUCCAAUACCAGAUCACACCAUGCUUUUGUAUGAAACUGUGUGUUAACAGUUUAGAAAAUCUCAGUAAAAUCGGCCUUAGCUUGUAGGGCCUGCUAAAUUUUUGCACAGAGAUGCUGUCAGAGUUAUUUUACUAAUACAUAAAUAGUAUUUAUAGAGCAAGCAAGUCUCAUCCCGCCUCUUUGCUAGGUGUUUUUAAUCGAGGGAUCCUCCUCUCUCCAUUUUUCCUUUGUCAGGGGAGGCUGCACAAAGGGUAAUUUCCAGUCUGAGAAUGAUUGCAAAAAUACAAAUACAAAAUGCCUCUGAUGGUGCUUGAUUGGAUGGACAUGUAAAAAUUUAUUAAAACCAAAGAAACAAAAAAAUGGAAUGCAAUGAAGACUAUACCUGGAGUAGCUGCUUAUUCAAAAAUGAAAAUAAUGUGUUAAGGUUAAGCUGGUCUUCUCUGUGUUGUUUGCCAAAUAGCAUCGUCAUGUUCAAAAUAUUUGAACCAUAUACUCCUCAAGAUUAUUGCUUGUUAUCGAUGACUACUAAUUACUGUUGAUUGUUUAAAAUCAAUUUUUUAAUCGAUAAAUAAUUUUUCGGUGACUUUGAUGGCUAUCGGUUGAUAUCAAUAUUAUAUUGAUUGAUUUCCGAUAUCGAUUUCUAUUGAUUAACUAUGCCUGGUUCUUUCUGCUUGGAUUCACCUUGCUGUAGAUUACUGAACGUAAACAUACAAGUGGCAAAUGGAUCUAAUUCCAUUCAUGGCAAGCAUUCCUGAAAGAAGGUUUAUUCUUUCAGAGCUCAAAAGAGAUGGGCUACUCAGACAUUUUAGUGAAUCUUCAUUGCGUGUGGAUAAUCUUACACAAGAGAUGCAAAUAGCCAUUUAAUGUUUUGGUUCUUAUUCCAGAUGCCGAUAAAUUGAAGAAAAAACCCACUUCACCUGAUUCUGGAAGUGACACUGCACCCAAAAAGAGGUAGCUAUAGAAAAACCUUGUAACUUUCAGUAAACAUCUGAUGGAAUAUUACUCAUACAUAGGGAGUGAUUCAUUACUAGAAACCGGCUUUGUUGCAUCUAAAAAUAACUUUAGUGUCAAUGGUUCUAGCAGAAACGUGCUUAUUAAGGUGACCAUCAUCAAUUUCCACAUGGUCAUCCAAGCCACACAAUGGUCAUCUCUGCAGGGCAAAGGUAGUAACACCUACUGACCCAGUUAGUUUAAAAGCAAUUGCCUUACUAAGUAUAUUAAAUAUACUUAUAAAUUUUACAAACUAGUGACAAUCUUGAUGUCAAUCUAGUUUGUUGGUCACAACAUGUUACAUGUAGCAUGCUAUUGUUUAGUUUCCUUAACAUCUGUGGGUGGGGGCAGGGAGGUAACAAAGUUUUAUACAGAGAGGCUCUGUCCCAAGGUCCAACCCCUUAUACUGUUAUAAACCAUUUUUGACAGAGAAGGCACCCCUUUUGUAUGUUGUGGUUCAAUUUUAUCCCUGGUUUAAUUUUUUAUUUCCCUUUGUCUCAAACUCAUUAUCAUACAUUACCAUAUCCCAAAAAAAGGAAAAUAAAAUUUAAACCAGGGAAAAAAAUUAAACCACAACAGAUACUUUCCAUUGACAAAUGGUAGCCCUUUCACAUUAUAUAACUACUGUAGUUGCAUCCCUUUUAACUGCUGUAAAUGCACUGUCUUGAAAUGAAUAAAUCACACACCCAGGAAAUUUUCUGGACCUUUUUACAGCUAUUAGACCUUUUUACAGAUGGAAAUGACAAAUUUCCCUGCCUUUUUAUAUGCUACAGCUAGUGAAAUUCCUACCCGUUCAUAUACCUGAGGCCCUUUUGGGUGGAGCCUUCCCGUAUAGGCUGUUAUAGGGAGUACCUCCCCCCCUCCCCUCCUGGGCCUAAGCAGUGCAACCAUGUAAUACUAGUGAACACAACAUUACUAGAUUGAGAUCUUUAAGACCCUAGGAUAAGAAGGGGGCGUAGCCUUGGAAAUAAUAAUAUUUUUCUUGGCCCUGUGGCUUCAGUGCGGCCUGUGUUUUCAAAAUGACCAGUCCCACUGACCAGUUCUGACUUUUCGGAAAGACCCUGGAAGUGUCAAGCUUUUAUGUGGUUGAUUAUUACGUUAAACUAACACAUUCAAUUUGUGGUUUAAAGAUCUAUGGUUCCCAUGACAAAGGAAGAAUAUGAGAAACAGCAAGCCCAGAUUAGGAGAGUGUAUGACCCAGAGACUGGCCGACACAGGUAAAAAUGUUAGAAAUGUGUUUUAAAAAAGGGCUUUUUAAAUCAUUGACAAUAUGCAAGUGUCUCAAUCACUCCUUGUGGAAAAAAGCCCAACAACAGUUCUUCAGAGGGCAAUAUACUCACAGUCAAUGCAUUACUGAUGCUUUUGAUAGAGUUCAUAUUAUUUUUCACAUUAGUACAUGUGUGCACAAAUAAUCAUUUAAAUAUUUUUCAACAGGCUUGUCAAAGGCACUGGUGAGAUUUUGGAAGAGAUUGUAAGUAGGGAGAGACAUAAAGCCAUUAACAAGGUUAGUUUAAAACUCCUCUUAAAAAGUAAAUUGUCUUUGCAUACAUGCAGAUUAUAAUGGACAUUUGAUAGCUUUCGGGUUUACUUGGGUGUAUUCUCAUCAGGGGAUGUGUGGCACCUUUCAACGGGGAGGUAAAUCAUAAUCAUGUUAUAAUCCUGAAGCGAUUGAGGACUUUGUGGGUAUCAUAUGGUAAAUGGUAGGGUUUUGGUUUGUUAUCUGGGCAUAAUUAUAAUAUACUCCUUUUUUCUAUAAGAAUAUAUUUUAUAAGAAUAUCGCGGCUGAAAUUUGCGAAAUUUUAAGAAUAUUUUAAGAAUAAACCCCAGGCUGAGAUUUUUGAAAAGGAUAUAAUUUUGUGUGUUCAAAAACUUAAAUACAAUACAAUUAUAUGUUUUCAACAUAUUUCAUUCUCUAAACGGCAAAACUUGUCAACAAAACGAAAAAACUUACACUUACUAUAAUUUAUACCCCAAUAUUAUUGUAAAACGGAAAUGUCAUAAGCUAUAAUUUAGGAAUAAUACGAGAAUAUUUUCAGCCUAAAAUCGGCAGAAAAAUGAGAAGAUUCAGCCUGGGCCGGAGAAACAACAUUGUUAUAAAAAAAAACGAGUGUAGCUAAUUUUCUUGUGCAGCAUUUCUAGUGUAUACAGUAGGACAGGUGUUGGAGAGAACUUGUUUCAGACUAAAUUAUUCAGAGAAGCUGACUAAAUUAGUUGCAAAUAACCUAAAUCGAGGAUUUGUUGUUUUUCUGUGUUUUGAUUUUCCUCCUAAAUAUUAUCACAGAGAUUCAGCUCACAAUUUUGCUUAAGGAAAAUGAAAGUGUCUACAGUAAAUGUGCACACUCUUUUAUAACUGUAGAUGCAGUUUCAUUUGAUCCAAGAUAUUUUUAGAGUUCAAUUAUAUUCAAAAACGAAGACGUUGCUCUUUCUGUUAUUUCAGUCUGCUACUCAAGGAGAUGGAGCAUUUUUCCAAGCAAAUCUUGGUCUGAAGGAUAGAUAAUUCCUGGAAAUAUGGCUAGGAUGACCAUCUUUUUGAACAGUUGAUGUUAGAAAACAUUUGUACUUGCGGCUGUAAAACUGUGACGGAGCCUAGUUGGCUUUAACCAGGUUAGAAUUACAAAGGAGUGAGUCAAGUUUUAAUACGGGACCGGCAAUAUGGUAACAGGUCGUUUCGCCCGAUUUUAGUUCGUCGUUCUUAAAGCCUGAAAAAAGGAAUAAGCGUGAAAAGGCAUUGACCGCACGCAUACAUGUGGAUCAUCAACCUUUUUUUCAGUGAAAACUUAAAAAAUAUCAUGAACCUCGUUCCCAGGUUCUCUCUCCUACCUGUCGUCUCUCUCCGGCUCUCUCUCGCUCCGUAGGGACGGGUAGGAGAGAACCUUGGGAACGAGGUUAAGGUACAUGUAGACUUCAGUUUUAAGUUCAGUCUUUCAGUAUUUCGAAUGCGAUUAUCGAGAUCGUUCAGAUCGCUGAACCUUUUUUAGCAAUCGCAGCUAUAGUAUCGAAGCUUAACCAAAAAUCACCCCUGAUAAGCCGUGUUGUAGAUCCGGGCGAAACAACUUCUGGCGAAAUGACCACAAUUCUUUGAAUGAAUUGUACACUCUUAAGAGUAAUUUUUUAACUUGUGUAAGCUGCAUUUAUACUCUGGCAUAGAGUCAACGUAGAGUUAUUCAGUCCUGUAUGGGAGCCUCUUACGGUUAUCUUUGAUUCAUAGGAGUGCAAAAGGACAAUUUAAGAGAGUUGCGUAUGACUUUAAAAUGAUGAAGCAUUUAAAAAGCACAAAUUAUUGUUAACCAUUACUGUAUUGGAACCUAAUUUCGCUCUUUGCGCAGUUACUUCCCUUUAACACAAACACUGUUGGGAGCGGCUAGUAGUGCUCAUCUUUGACAGCCUUCUGUCACAGUUAAACAAUGUCAGUGACCGCACGGGAUUGUAUAAAAGUCAGAACUGAAGGGAUGCUGGGUGUGUCUGUCCGUCGAACAAGAGGUCACUAUACGCAAUAUUUUUGACAGUACAACACUUAUCAUUUAAUGACAAAUAUAACGGUUUUUUUCAUUACAGUCAAAGCCCGUUAAUACUAGCCUGCGUUGCAGCCGGCCCACGCACUCGUCUAUAUAGAAGGUUUAGAGCGUCUGCGACGAAGGCUAG